AUGAAAUUUCUUGCUGUUCUAGCAGAGAGUGGUGCAGCGGAUACAUUGUCAAAAAUCACCGAAUUUGUUGCAAAGUUAUGUAAAGAUAAGGUAACAUUACGGAUUACAUCCGAUGCCAUAUAUUUGCUUAAUCCUUCUUCAUUAGCUAAUAAUGGGAAUUAUUUGCAAAUUACACUUAAUGUGGCUGAAUUUUUCUCAACGUACAUAAUGGGUGGUGUGUCAGAAGAAUUCAACGAGAUCUAUAUGGAAGUGGAAAAAGAUUACUUGUUCAGAAGUAUGAAUGUGAAGGACCGGUCGACAAAAAUUCGUUUGGUCAAGCUUGGCAAUGUACCCCAUUUAAAAGUAGAGCAGAAGUCAUGUGGGAUGGUUCAUGAAUUACCUGUAAUAUUGAUUUCAACCAAAUAUUGGAAAACUUACGACAUGCCUACUUUAGAUAAUAUUUCGGUUGCCCUUUAUCUUCCGCCACUGUCAACAAUACGUAGCUUAGUGAUUUCAUUCAAGAAUAUGGGAGUAAAAUAUAUGGAAAUUAAAGGAAAUCAAGAAGGUGAACUUCAGUUUUGCGGUGACUUAGAUAUGGCAAACAUUGUCGUACAUUUCUCGAAUCUUUCCGUUGUUUCGUUGCACAACAGUCAUGUAAAUAAUGCAGAUGGCCCAGGUGUAUUGCGAACAGUACGCGUUGAUAUCAAAGCAAUUUAUCAUUUUCUUCGCAGUUUUACCAAUGUUUUCACAAUGUCACGAAUAUUGCUCAAGAUUGUCCCGGAAAAGAUGGCAGUAUUUUCAGUGGAACAAAAUGAAGCCUCAUUGGUUUAUAUUGUGAGUGGAAUGGCAUAA